UGGGCUUUUGUAUAAAAAGCGUAGGACAUGCUUAUAUUACGACAGAAACGGCCAAUCUUAACCGAUAUACCAAGCGGCAACUGAUGAACCUCAGCUUUCCAAAAAUCCCAACAUUUUUUUAAAACACCGUUAAUAUCCGCUUCGACAGCAUUGUCAGCAUGUGGAAGACUCCGUCAAUCAGUGUUCUCCUUAUAUUUAUGACAUGUGUGAUUAGCUUCAACUCUGUCGAUACUGCCCCAUUGAUCGAGGAGACAGUCGAUGUUCUUUCUAACCCAAGACUUGAUAAGUCUCUGGGGCCUUCUUCAAGACGGCUUGUAUUCGAUGCUCCAGCUAUCUCGCCAUCUCUACCAAAGCCAUCACGAAAGCACUUGCAGAGAAGUCAGAAGUUGUACACUUCUCUGUUUCCAUCUUUUGCCUACGAGUCAACACCAAUUCAGACCCCAGCAGCUGUAGCCGAUGAUCCACCAACGAUCACACCGAAGGUUCGGGAGUUUUCAUUUGGUACUAAGCAACCUUUCCAGAGUGUGUUCAGACAGAGCGAGGCCUUCUCCUUUCCUCCUAUCCCGGACCUCCCGCCACCUCCUGAAGGCAAGGGCUGCAGAGAUCGGGCGACUGUUGGAGAACGUGACGAGCUAAGCGGUGAGGGACAGUUACCUGUGAUUCCAGAGUUUCCUGAAAUCCCCAGAUGGAUGCCAAGGUCUGCUAGUCACAAAGCACAGUUCGCCUUCAGUAGUGCUGAGAGGGUAUACUCGGGUCUAGAGGAUGGCACGAGCGGGAGUAACCAGACUAAGUUACAAUGAAUGAACGACGGAGAUUUGCAAGACUGUCCUGAAUUACGUGACACGCGACCGAUUGCUAAGAUGGGUGUGGUGUUCCUGUACAUCGGGGAAACAAGAGACGGUUUCAGUUCAAAUUGCUCACAUGUUCAGGAUUGUACCAAGUUUGGCUGUGCGUGAAACCAUUGGACAAUGUGUCUGGAUACGUGUAGUACUGUAUUUAUAAAAACAAAUAUUUUAAUGUUUACCGUUUACAUGUAUAAUUAUAGCGCAUUCCACAUUCCACUUGUAGUUAAUUCAGUUAUUAUAGUAACGUCUGUACGCAUAAUAGACCUUCAUCAUGCUGCCACCAUUUCAGUCAUGUUCCCUGUAUCCAAUAACAGUACUGAAUGAUAAUGUUUUUGUU